AUGUUAAAGAACAUGAUCAAAAUAUUUCGGUUUUCCUAAUUCAAAACAAAAAUUGAUCAAAUUUAACAUCAUAAUUAUGGUCCAUUAUAGGAAAUUGAUUUUAAAUUGUUAAAUGUUCGUUAAAAUACACCCUUAAGAGAAAUCUACUAUUCAUAUAUGAAACAUAUGAAAUUAUAUGAAAUUUAGUAAUAAGAAGAAAAAAUGGAAUAAAUUAAAAGAGCAUAUUUAAGGAUUUUGUCUAAACGAUUAAAUAAUUUGGAUGAAAUAACAGAAUAGGAAUAAAAAGAUUUAGGAUUCUUAAUGGACAAUAAUUUUGGAUUCCCAUUUGUUGAAGGAUUAAGAAGAUCUGAGAUGAUUACAUAAUUUUAAGAGGAAAUAGAAGCAAAACGGCUUUAUCAUUAUCCUCGUAUAACAAUAAUUGUAUUAUGGAUAAUAUUGGGCAUUCCUAGUUUCUAUCUUAGUGACAAUUAUGUAUAUGAAAAAUGAG